AUCUGUGAAUUGCUCUUACAGAACUGAGAGUUAAAACCCGUUUUGACGUUUUUGGCAUCAUGUUACAUAAUUAUGAGUCAUGCUUUCAUUUCUUAGCUUUAUUUUUGAUUCAUUUUCUUAAUAAUUGGAGGCAAAACGCAACACGAGCAGGAGUGCGGGUGUUUUAAAGCAGUUUUGUUUUAUUUCUAUGCCAAUAUUUUCUAUUUAUGGCUUUAUUUGAGGUCUGUUUAGAUGUAUUCCGAUUUAUUUAUGCUGUUUUUAAUGUUUAUAAGAUUUGUGUUCAAUUUGAAAUUAGUUUAUAGGCCGGAAAUAGAGAUUUCCUUUAGUUCAUGGUUUAUGAAAGAGCAGGAAAUAAAUUCUGCAGAUCAUCAUUCAAGGCCAGAUUAAGAGAAAACUGGUCGAUUCCGAAGAUUAUAGUAAAUGAAAUAAAGGAAAGCUAUGACAUCAAAAAUAAAUAUAAUUUGGAUGUUUCAGUUGAAAAAGAUGUGGAAAAUGUGGAUUUAAUCGGCCACUGAAUAGCAGAAAAUCUUAAUAAACUGAUUUCUGAUAUGAGUUUUAGUUAGUUUAUCGGUUCUUAAAAGUCCAUAACUAGUCAAAAUUAUGCAAAUUAUUACGCUGUAAAUAGCUAAAUAGUUUUAUAAUCAAAAUUUUCCUCUUUUACGCGCAAUUUGUAUGAUUUCCGACGGUGCUGGUGGAGUCCUUGAAGGCAGCAGCAGCUUCCAGUCCUGAUCGGGUCUGGACUCUGGAAGUUGGACGACGUCAAUAGGACAGAGGACACUGUCCCAGCCCUCAGAGGAGCGGAGCAGAGGCGGCGCGCUGCUCCCAACUCGGGACGUUUUAAUCUUUUGCGCAUUUUCGGCAUGUUUCCGCGCGUAAAGGCGCACUGAGUGAGGUGGAUCUGGGCUUCAGGGCGGCUGAGGAAGAGGAGCGAGAUGUUGGCCAGGAAAAGCAUCAUCCCGGAGGAGUUCGGGCUGCCGGGUCUCGCCUCCCGGCUGCCGCGGAAGCCGGUGUUCCGGGACCGCGUGAACAAGGCGCGCUUCAUCGCCAAGAACGGCUCGUGCAACUUGGCGCACAAGAACAUCCGCGAGCAGGGCCGCUUCCUGCAGGACGUCUUCACCACGCUGGUGGACCUGAAAUGGCGCUUCACGCUCGUCAUCUUCACCACGACCUUCGUGAGCAGCUGGCUGCUGUUCGCGAUGAGCUGGUGGCUGGUGGCCUUUGCGCACGGAGACAUGGACCCGGCGCGGAAAAACGAGACCCACUGCGUCACCGACGUCGAGUCGUUUAUCUCAGCCUUCCUGUUCUCCAUCGAGGUUCAGGUGACCAUCGGCUUUGGAGGUCGGAUGAUAACAGAGCACUGCCUGGCGGCCAUUACUGUCCUCAUCUUGCAGAACAUAGUGGGACUCAUCAUCAACGCCGUCAUGCUGGGCUGCAUCUUUAUGAAGACGGCUCAGUCGAACCGCCGAGCGGAGACGUUGAUCUUUAGCCGUCACGCCGUUAUCGCCGUGAGGAACAACCGUCUGUGCUUCAUGAUUCGCAUUGGAGAUCUGAGGAAGAGCAUGAUUAUCGGAGCAACCGUCAGAUUACAGGUGGUGAGGAAGACGACGACUCCAGAGGGCGAGAUAAUCCCCAUCCAUCAGAUCGACGUUCAGACUGAGAGCGCCGUCGCCAGCAACAGCCUGUUCCUCCUGGCGCCGCUCAUCAUCUGCCACGUCAUCGACAAAAACAGCCCGCUGUACGACCUGUCGGCCAUGGAGCUGCAGUGCAGCGACCUGGAGGUGAUCGUCAUCCUGGAGGGAGUCGUGGAGACGACGGGCAUCACCACCCAGGCCCGGACCUCCUACGUCUCUGAGGAGAUCCAGUGGGGCCACCGCUUCGUUCCCAUCGUUACGGAGGAGGAGGGCGUGUACUCCGUGGACUACUCCAAGUUCGGCAAUACGGUUAAAGUGAGCACGCCCAGCUGCAGCGCCCGGGAGCUGGACGAGAAGCCGUACAUCCUGAUCCAGACGCUGCAGAAGAGCGAGCUGUCGCACCAGAACUCCCUCAGGAAGCGGAACUCCAUGAGGCGCAACAACUCCAUGCGGAAAGGCGGCGGCGGCGGCGGCAGCCUGCGCAGGAACAACUCCGGGCUGGUUCCGCCCAAAGUGCAGUUCUUCACCCCGGCGGAGGGCGGCCAGAGCCUGAACGCCGUCACCUGACAUGAGGCCUUCCUCCUGCAGGGUGCGCUGUUCCUCCUGGCCGGGACCAGGACUGUUUCUCUGACGGGACUCCUCCUGCUCCUGCUCCCCGCCUCAACGCGACUCGUGUCUCAGUGCGUCUGUUGUUGUUGUUAUUACUGUUAUUAUCUUCAUUAGCAGGUGAUUGCACUGACACACACACACACACACACACACACCCACGCACACACACACACACACACACACCUGUAUGGGAUGUUUGGUAGCACUGUUAGAAGGGCUGUGUAUCAGACUGACAUAACAGCUGUUAUGAACAUGAAAGAGUCUUGAUGAAUGUUUAUAACUGUAGUAUCGUUUGGUAAAUAAUGACACUUUUAAUGCAGGUUUUAGUGCAACUUUGAAACUUUAAAAGUUUCAUUAUUCACCAACUGGAUGCUUUAUGACAACAGUUAUCAACAUUCAUAAAGACUCCUUCAUGUUUCUGAUGCUUUAUGUCAGUAUUCUUCACUCCUUCUCAUAAAGUGCUACCGGAUGUUUUCUCAGAACAAAACCACGUAAAUAAUAUCAAGCAGCACUUUAUGUUCAGAAAAUAUUAAUUUGCACAACAAUGCUCAUCAAAAUGCUAAUCCAAGUAGAAAUAACUGCUAGUUUAGGCUCAAACGGCGUCAUUCUAUAUCUCAUAUCUCAUAUUUCAUUUCUCUGACUUGUUCAAAGUGUUUCUGCUUCCUGGAUGUGCAGACAUGCAGGUUCUUUCUCAUCCUUUAACAGUAAUUAUUAUGAGCCAAUCACUAAUGUUCUGUGUUUUUGUGUUUGACAAUAAAUGCACCAACUUGUUAUGAA